UGCCCCGGGGUUGACCUGAAGACUGACGAUGCCCAGGUAUUGUACAUUGACAACUUUGCAGUGCUGUCAUCUUCCCCUGACCGCGCUGCCACAGCGGUCAAGGCCAUGCAGUCGGCCUUGGCAGCGCGCGGAGUGGUCUCGGAGCUGGACCCCGACUCCUGCGAGCGCGGGGAGCUGCUGGGCUGCGAGCUCGACCUGCGCACUGGCUGCUGGCAGGUUCUGGGGCGGCGGCUCUGGCGGAUAUAUGGACCGCUGGGGCACGCGCUCGGGAAGCGGGCCAGGGUGGCUGGCCAGGAGCUCGAGCGCCUCAUCGGCCACCUGGUGUCGCUUCUGAUGCUGCGCCGAGAGGGCCUCGCCAUGCUCCACGCCUCCUGCGAGUUCGUGAGGGCAUCCUACACCAAGCGGCAGCCGCUCUGGAAGAGCGUGCGCCGCGAGCUGGCUUGGGUGAAGUCCUUGCUGCCGUGCCAGCCGUGCCUGCGCGCUGACACUACGCUGCCUUGGAGCGACAUGGUCACCUGCUUUGACGCGUCGCCCUGGGGCUACGGCAUCGUCGAGACCGAGUGGGACCUCGAUAGUGCACAGCGAGUUGGGCGAGUCUCGGAGCGCGCGCGCUUCCGAGGGCUGCUGGAUAUCGCGCUGGCCCCUGAGCCCGCCCUGCUGUUUGCUGGCCGCGCUGCAGGCUUCCCGGAGGUCGACUACGAGAAGAUGCAGGCGCAGCCUUGGCGCGUGGUGGGCUGCGGCCGCUGGAAGCGCAAGGAGGUCGGCGUGACCGAGGGGCCGAUGGAGGCGGCUGCGCUGCGGGCGAGGCCGCCGGCGCCGCUGGGUUGGUCGCCGGCGGAGGCGCUGGGGGCUCCCGCGCGCGCCGUGGCGCCGGCUCUGGCUGGGCCCGCGAGCAGGCCAGACUUGGCUGGGCGGCGCGCAAGGCUUGGCCGCGUUCGCUUGGCGAGCGACUUCGACCAGAGGAGGCGCCAGCUCUGCCCCCGCCAGACCCGCCUCGCGGCCGCGAAGGCACGCCCUCACACUCAGGAGCUGUACCUGGGGACGGUCCUUGGGCUGGUGCGCUGGCUUGGCUUGGAGUGCCUCCCGGACUGGCCGCGGCAGACCUGGGGCGAGGUGCUGGCGGAGUACGCGGAGGCGAUCUACGACCGCGGCGGCUCGAAGGCGGCUGCCCAGAGGUUGGCGCCUGCGCUGCUGUGGGCGGAGCCUGCGCUGCGCAGGGCAGGCAUUCGGGAAGUCUUCCCCUUGACGCAUCAAACGCUCAAAGGGUGGAACGUCCUGGAGCCCUCCCAAUCGCGGCCGCCUGUUCCGUUCGUGGUAGUGCUGGCGGUGGCUCGCUGGCUGUGCCGAGCUGGGAAGCCUCUCAGUGGCUUGGCCGUCCUGAUAAUGUUCGAGACGUACAUGCGGCCAUCGGAGGUGCUGGCCCUGCGAGCCCGCCAGGUUGUUCUGCCAUUGCCGAAGGAAGGAGGCGCCUCAGUGUUUCUGACGUUUGUGGUCCGAGCCUCAGAGUAUCAGAUCCCGACCAAGACGAACGAGUACGACCUCUCGGUGCCGCUGGACUUGCGGCGGCAACAAUGGCUGGUAGAGUCGAUUUCCUUCGUCCAAGCGUUGCGGGAGCCAGACGAGCUGUUCCUUGGCCUCAGCUACACCGAGCUGGCCGCAGACUUCAGUAGUGCGAUCUCAGCUCUGGGUGUGACCGUACUCGAGCCCACCCUCUACUCCCUCCGGCAUGGAGGGGCCAGCCACGACAGGAGCACGGGCGCCAGAAGCUUGGGCGCCGUGCAGCAGCGCGGAGGAUGGAAGGCGUUCAAGUCAGUGCUCAGGUACGAGAAGCACGGACGCCUGUCGAUGGAGCUUCGCAAGUUGUCCGACCAUCUCCGCGAUGCGCUGCGCGCCGCAGGACUGGAUCACAUUGGCGUCUUCAACAGGUCCUUGGUGCGGCACUUCGCAGCGCGCCGCAUCAGUCCCGAGUUUGCGUGGAG